AUGACCAACUUUGCUAUCAAAGUGGUUUCAGACAAUGUCUGCCCCUGGUGCUACGUUGGAAAGAGGAGGCUAGACAAGGCUAUUGAACUUUACAAGAAGACGUAUCCAACUGGGAAAGACGAUACUUUUACCAUUUCAUGGUCCCCCUUCUACCUAGAUGAGACGGCGCCGAAGCACGGUGUCCCCGUCCUGGAACGCCUGGCACAGCGUUUUGGACAGGAGCGUGUCAGAGCAAUGUCGGACCGCUUGCGGACCAUUGGGGCGCAGGAGGGCAUCCACUUCAGCUUCGCGGGAAAGCUUGGAAACACCCGCGACUCUCACCGGCUGAUCCAGCUCGGCAAGUUGAAAGGGAAUGAAGUCGAGAACCGUAUUGUGAUGGAGCUGUUCCGCAGCUACUUUGAAGGCACGGCUGACAUCACUAGCCAUGAGACCCUCAUUGAAGCAGGUGCUAAAGCCGGUAUCGACCGCGAGGAGGUGAAGGAGUGGUUGGAAACGGGAAAAGGCGGGGAAGAAGUCGACGCUGAAGUGCGGGAAGCGAAGCGGAAUGGAAUCAGUGGCGUCCCUCACUAUGUUAUUCAGGGUAAAUGGGAGAUCGGGGGUGCUCAGGAUCCCGAAACAUUCGUUGAGGUCUUUGCGAAAGUGAAGGAGGAUGAGAAGGUGUGA